GUUCUUAUUUGGUUGUUGUUUACAGUUUUAGGUUAAUUUUUGGUGCUUUGCAUAAGAAAUAAAUUAUCAAGUAAAAUAAUUUGCAAUAUUGAACAAAAAUAAAUAAAUAAAUACAAAAGCAUGUUUUUCAUACACUGAAUACUAUUUAGAAAGUUCUAUUUUGCUUAGCUACAAAUCUACAUUUGAGAAAAUUAAAAAAAAAAAUCAAAAAUGCACAGCGUUUGGCGAACUUGCAAUAAAAUUCGAGCGACGUUGAAUCGAAUACGUGCCAACCUUUGGGAUUGCUUCGUCUCUUUCGACACUCAAGGGAAUCAUCUAAUUUCUGAGCAAAAUUUCAUUGCUGUGUUAAGUGGGCCUCUGGGUAAGAAAAUCGGCCUUUCAAAUCAAGAAAUUUGCGAGCUCGCUGACUAUUUUCGUACUCAAGAUGGGCGGAUUUUUUACGCUCAGUUCUGUGCCGUCGUUCACGAAAAUAAUCCACAAUUCGAAAGCAAUUUUCCUUUCACUACCGGACAAGAAUGGGAAGACGCUUUACAAACCAACUGUCUUAGUUUAUCAGAACAAAGACGAUUGGAAAUCAUUCUCAGCAAAAUAGCAUCUCUAGUAAAUUGGCGGAAACACGUUUUGAAGCCUUAUUUCCAAGAUUAUGAAUUGAUAUCUAAAAAUUGCGGAGUCGUGUCUUAUGCUCAUUUUGCCAGAUUGUUAUAUUUUUUAGACAUUACUUUGGCAUCCGAGGAAAUGAACUUGUUGAUUAAAAAAUUCGCCAAAGAUAGUUAUACAGUAAAUUAUGUUGCUUUUAUAAAAACCAUUGAAGAAAUUCAAGAUUUCUUAAAAAAACACCAGUGUUUGGACAAAGGCGGGGAUUUGAAAGACGGUUUUCCAGGAAGAAUAAUAGAAGUAAAAUUACCUAAACUAUCACGACCAGAAAUUGGAAAAAUAAAGACUGCGUGCGUAUUUCCAAAGCAAUUACAUUUUCUACCUCUCGACCCCAACUCAAAAAGAAUAAGAGACAUCCAGGAAAUCAUGUUGAGACUUCAAGAGCAUGCUUUGAAAAAUAGAAUACGCGUUGCGCAGUAUUUUCAGGAUUAUGAUGUAUUUAAUGUAGGAAGAAUAACGAAAAAUCAAUUUGAAAGAGGUUUCGACGAAAUGAGAAAUUCUGGUCUCGGAAAACUUUAUUUAGCUCCAGAGGAAAUUGAAAAUUUAAUAGCUUUUUACAAAGAUCCCAAUGAUAUGGAAAGAAUUUGUUGGAGAACUUUUGAAGACGAUAUUGAGCAAGUAUUUACCAUAAAACAUCUUCACAAGCAUCCGAAUUGCAAAGUCAUUUCACCCUCAAAAGAAGUAAAAACACUACCUCGCAAAGGCCAUCAAGAAUGGGGGUGCUUAAAAAAUGUAUCUCAAAAAGAAAUGAAAGCAAUUUAUGAGAGGACACUCAAAAAAAUAAUCCAGCGUGUCAAAGAAAGAAGAUUUUCCCUCAGGCCAUAUUUUCGAGAUUUUGAUAAAAAUAAUCGAGGUCACGUUUCUCGAGCUCAAUUGAGACAAGCUUUAGCUGUUGCGGCGAUUCCACUAACACAAGGGGAAAUUUCAUCUUUGGAGUUUAUGUACAAUAACGAUAUCGGAUUUCAUUAUUUAGAUUUCGUAAGUGAAUUGGAACAGUUUGCGGAUGAAUUUCCAGACUGUGACGGAAAGCAAUCAGAAAGUAGAAUGAGUACGAGUAAGCAGCUUGAAAGAAGUGAAGCUCCGGAAGAGAAGGAUAUCGAUUUAAUUUUAGCAAAAAUAAAAGCAAAGGCCGUAUGCAAUGGAAUACAGGUGAACGAAUUUCUCAGGCGGUUUGAUACGAGGAACGAAAAAGUUGUAACGAGAUUAGAAUUCCAUCGAGGUCUUGAUCAGCUUAAGUGUGAUCUCACGUGUACCGAAGUGAAUACUCUUAUGGAUCACUUUACAGCUUCCGAUAGGCCGGGCUAUAUCGAUUACUGCAAGUUUUCUCAAGUGGUCGAAGGGGCGAUGGUGCAAGGACACCUGGAAAAGUCUCCGUUGGCUAGUCCUGUCAGGCACGUACCGUCUGAAGCAACUCCACGUUCCUUUUUGAAUUUCGACGAACGGCAAAUACUCAUGCGGACCCUUAAUGUUCUCUCCACGUACGCUGACUGUAACUUGGAAGAAGUUUUUAAGGACUUCGAUAAGCAAGUGAACUCGGGAACUGUGACGAAAAACCAAUUAAUCCGAGCCCUUAGCGUCAGAAAAAUUAUUUCCGCACUUAACGCGAAUGAGCUCGAUGUACUUUUCAAGUGUUUUGCAGUCGGGUAUGUAGCGGAACCCAAGUUUGAUUAUCGAUCGUUUCUCAACGCUCUCAACAUUUUACGCCAGAACAAAGUAGCUGUACCGUUUUAGUAUCUCUAUAUUUUGAAAGGAACUGAAGUUCGUUGUCAGUAACCAUUAAAAAGUUGUUAUAUAUUUUCUAUACAUUUUCCGAUGUAUUGCACUGGCUGCUUUUCAAUAAAUAUUGA